CUCACUGACAGGCACACAGCUUUGUGUAACUGAAAACUUGCAGGUGGAGGACACAGGUUAGAUUUUGCUGUCGUACAAGCACAUGUUGGGCUCACAUCCGACACAAAGAUGGACACUACAGAUGACGACCACACAGAGGGGAUAAAGAUGGAGAUAGAGAAUCAGCAAAUUGUAGAGAAUGACUGUUUUUCCACCUUAUCGGAUAAAACGCAUCAACAUCUGUUGAUCAGCGAAAGGCCGUCGAGCAGCUGCAGGAUGGUCAGAUUAAGAUCCAGACCCAGUCUCCAGUCAACAAAAAGCUUCCCCCCUUAUAGUCAGUGCAUAGGUGGACUGGGAGAGGACGAGGAUGAUCAGCACAAUUCAGACAUGGCUUGCCAGUCAAGUGUGAAGGAAGACAAAAGAGAAGAACUUCAAAGCACAGAACGAAAUGAAGAGCUGACUACAAGAUCUCCAAGGGACUGGUUAAAGGCAAAAUGGAAGCUUAGGAGGAAGGAGAGGUCAGGGGGAAGCUUUGAGGUCGACGCAGACAGCUGCGAGAGAGGAAGGUGGAGUGGGAAAAGAAGGGUGGAGGAGACUGAAAAAAAAGAGGAAUUUGAUGAUGAUGAUGAUGAUGAUGAAGGAUGUGCAAAUGCUGAGGGGAAACACUGGAGAGGUAGAAACUCCAGCUUUGAGAAAGUGAGGAAAGAAGAGGAGGAAGACGAAGAUGGGAGAUCGACUAUUUCAGCAGUAGAAGGAGAUACAAAGAGCAGCAGGGAGACCCCAAAAAGGAAUGAUGAGGAGGAACUGCCAGGAGUGACAGAGGGGUCCACAACACAACAGUGGUCCUCCCCACAUCCUAUCCUCUCCAAGCUUCUGCACUCCUCCACCUCCUCCUCCUCUUCCCUCAACCUUUCCUCCGCAGAGAGCGACGAGGUCUUCAGUGAAGGAGAGGAUGCUGGGUCAAAGAGGAAGACAUUCAGGAAGUGCCGCUCCUGGAAAACCUUCCUGACCAUGAUGCACUGGUCUAUGAGCCGGCAGAGCUCCUGGGUCCAGCUGGCUGGACAUCAAGGUAACUUCCAGGUCAGUAAAGGAGGUGAGGUGCUGAAACUAUACAGUGAAGUGGAAGCAAACUGCCUGGAUUGCCUGAUGAGAGACCCGCUGAGACCCUUUGUCCCACAGUAUCAUGGCUUGGUAACAAGAGGGGAGCUCCGCUAUAUCCGCCUGGAGGAUCUGCUAAGUGGCCUGAAGAGGCCCGUCAUCAUGGACUGCAAGAUGGGAGUCAGAACCUACCAAGAGGAUGAAUUAAUCAAAGCUCGUGUCAAAGCUCCUCUGCGGAGCGAUAUGUACCAGAAGAUGGUGAAAAUGGACCCUUCUGCUCCGUCAGCAGAGGAACAUGCACAGAAGGGAGUCACCAAAUGGCGCUACCUUCAGUGGAGGGAUUCAACCAGUUCUACGUCCACGCUGGGCUUCAGGAUAGAGGGCAUUAUGAUGGAGGAUGGUAGCAUCCAGCGGGACUUCAGAAAGAUUCAGACUUUAGCUCAGGUCACUGAGGCACUGCUUUACUUCACCAGGAGCCAGCUGGACACUCUGAGAGCGUACCACUCCAGACUCCUGGCCCUGAGUGACGCACUAAAAAAUUCGCCAUUUUUCAGAACUCAUGAGGUGAUUGGCAGCUCGCUUCUCUUUGUCCACGACCACAGCAAGGCCAGUGUAUGGAUGAUAGACUUUGGCAAAACGACGCCUCUGCCUGACUCGCAGGAGCUCCGACACAACAUCCCGUGGUCUGAAGGUAGCAGGGAGGACGGUUACCUCAUCGGUCUGUCCUCUCUCGUCACAUCUUUAGCCCAGGCCAUCAGUGUGGCCUCCUGGCAGCAGGAGGAGAGCUGUGAGGAGGAGCAAAUAAGCCCGUGAAUGUGCAUUUUUGACAGUCAUUACACAACUGUAAGUGGAUGAGAUGGACAAAUUGACUGGUAUUACACUUCAUUCGCUGGAAGAGACUUGAUUUGUUAAUGGAGAUUGUGUCUUCAGUGGCUAAGGAAGAGGAACAAGGGACUUCAAUGUACCACAAAUCCAUAGAUAUGUGGUUGUGCAUCCGGUAUGUACAUACUCUGACAGUUAAAGCUACUAUGUUACAAAGACCUUUUUGUUUUCUCAUUCCCAAAAGACGGACAAUCCAAGGAACAUCUACAGAUCAGGGGCAUGCCCAGUGAAGAGGCAUGGGUUGGGAAUGACUCUGCUGGAGAUCUGUUUACAAAUGCUCCUGUCUUGUUUGUUUUAAUUUGGUUGAUCUGCAUAACCUAAAACAGCUUACCUUUGUUGCAACAUAAGCUCAUUUAAGGUAUCUCAUUAUGCGCACAUAGACUGAACAGCCUCGUGCGCUAUCUUUUUUUAAGACAGUAUGUGUAAAAAACAUGGGUUAAGUACAGAUUAAGCUAUACUGAUGAAGAAAACACAGCCACAAUGUUUGUAU